UGUUGAACACAGAGCAUUGUUCAGUCAGUCAGUCAUUACGGGGACAGUAUGGAGUUCAGGUCACUCUCUGUAAUACUCUUGCUGAUUGUCCUCAUCCACAGUGGACAAACUCAAGAUAAGCCAGCAGUUAUAAUUAAAGACCCUCCAGGCCGAAAAGAAAUAAAUAUAGGAGAGACUGUCACUCUAAAAUGUGAAAUCCCGGGGGGAGAAGGUCGUAUGUGGACUUAUAGCUGGUAUAACAAUGGGAACGAAGUUCAUCGCUCUGAAGAACGAAGUGAAUACACGUUUCAGAUGACUGCAGAUUACAGCACAGAAUUUACCUGCAAGGGAACCACAAGAUCCAGCGAUCCUGUUAAACUGUCUUUGUCAGAGAGACCAAAAGCUGUGGCGUCCAUACAGCCUGAUGAACAGGUGUUUAUAGGAGAGACUGUCACUCUCAGAUGUGACAUACAGGGAGAAGGAGUCUCUAACUGGCAGUACAGCUGGUUUAAAGAUGAUUCAUCCACUCCUGUCAGUUAUGAAGAGCAGUACAGAAUCAGCUCUGUUACAGAGUCUCACAGAGGAAAAUACACCUGUAGAGGAACAGAGAGAGGAACAUCACGCUACUCACACACCAGUGAUGCUGUUGCACUGACUGUAUCAGCUUUACCCAGAACUACACUGACUGUAGAACCCACAUGGAGUCCUGUGUUCACUGGAGAGUCAGUCACUCUGAAGUGUGAGAUAGAGUCUUACAGUGACUGGAGAUAUCAGUGGUAUAAAGCAGCAGAUCAGGAUCAAUACUGGUGUAGAGGAGAGAGAGGUAACAGACCCUCAUCAUCACAACGCAGCAAUACUGUUACUCUCACAGUGAAAGAGAGACCAAAAGCUGUGGUGUCCAUACAGCCUGAUAAACAGGUGUUCCAAGGAGAGACUGUCACUCUCAGAUGUGACAUACAGGGAGGAGGUGUCUCUAACUGGCAGUACAGCUGGUUUAAAGAUGAUUCAUCCACUCCUGUCAGUGAACAGCAGUACAACAUCAGCUCUGUUACAGAGUCUCACAGUGGAAAAUACACCUGUAGAGGAACAGAGAGAGGAACAUCACGCUACUCACACACCAGUGAAGCUGUUACACUGACUGUAUCAGAAAAACCUAAACCUGAACUCACAUUAAGCCAUAAAGGAGCUGCACUGAUAGGAAAUCCAGUGGUUCUGUACUGUAAGCUGGAUCAGUCAGCUGGAUGGAAGUUUUACUGGUUCAAACACUCACAGAACCCUGAGAAUGAGACCAAGACUGAAACACACUCCUACGCCAUCAGCUCAGUCAGUGUCUCUGAUGGAGGACAGUACUGGUGCAGAGCUGGGAGAGGAAACCCAGUCUACUACACUCACUACAGUGAUGAUCUCUGGAUAAGUGUUACUGCAGGCAGAGCUUCAUUCUCAGUGUUCAGUCUACUCAGUAGUUUAAUGGCAGUGUCUCCAUAUCUGCUGGUGACCAUUGUGCUGGCCGUUAAAUUUUACAGAGCUCGAGGCAUAUGGACACUCGAUUACAUUCUGUCUUUCAGUCAUAAUGACCAGUACUGCAGCCUCUUGGUGAAGAAGGAGACUCAGGAGAGACUCAGGAGAGACUGUCAUCUAAUGGAGAAGCGCUCCUUAUUGACACCUGCAGAAAAGACUCAUACAGGGCAGCCCAUUUGUACACCAGUGACCGUCCGGCAUAUGGUGAUGUGGGGGGGAUCUGGAGCGGCGCCGGAGGCCGAUGAUGUUAUCUGGACUGAGGAGUUGUUGAACACGUGGAAUGAGAACAGCUUUACAGAAAAGGUGGAUGAAACAACGGAUUCUGGACCAAUUAAUGCUGGACUAAAAACACUAUUGAAAGAACUGAGAGACUUUGAUGGGGAUGGCUUAAGACCGAAUCAGGAGCACAAACAUCAGCAAAAUGAGAACUAUGUGGGUCCAUACCCUGACAAGAGUUUUUACGGCUAUGACACCAUGAAUGACAAAGACAGAAAGCAGUUUGACGAGUGGUACGGCACGGUCUAUGGUGGUGUGUUUGACUUCAAAAAGGAGUUGUGA